AUGAUGCCGCUCGUGCCAGUGCGAAAAAGGAAAGAAGCCCAUAACCAAACACACUUGUCUAGUGACAAAGGCAAGAUCCGCGUUAUCGAGCGAUCGGCAGAGGGACAUUCCAGCCUCUCCACGAAGAACCUACAGGGGCGCAACAGUACCCCGGCUAGCCGUACCUUUACUACACUUCGUCGGGGAAGCAUCAAGAUUUUUUCUCUCUUCCGUAAUAGCAAGAGUUCCGCUCCAAGCUCUGCGGAGGCCGCAUCUGGUAGUACCGGGUCAACAGCGAACAAACCAAAAGACGUACCACGUGUCAAUACCGUCAAAUCCUACUCCAAUUUUCCUCUACAAUGUCCUAUAGUUCCCGAUGUACCUAUGAAUCUACCAGCUCUCUCCCUCGAUCCCGACUCUUCAUCCUUACUUCAACUCACUAAUGCCGCCGUCUUCGAUGGCGAGUCAGAACCUAUACCAAGAGCUCGCACGCCGCCUUCUGCGCCCAUAUCGACAAGUUGGUCAUCGCCAAACCUCUCAUGGCAGCUCACUUCUAAGCUUUCCAACGCUCUUUUGAAGAACGAUACGGUAGUACAUAGACCCAAGUUAAGCUCUCGUCCAACCGUCAAAGCCGACCAGUUCAAGCAACCAAGCGAUGACCAGCAAACUGCAACCUCGCUCAAAAGCCCCAUGUCCGAGGUGCCUUCUCUUCCAUCAAGUGUUCUCAGUCCUGCCAGUAGCAACGCACCCUUGAGUCAGUCGACUGCACCAACGUCAUUGGUCUCAUCGGGUGCACCGCUGUCUGCUGAAACGUUAUACCGAACCCAGAACGGCCGUCAUAUAACCGACAACUCACCUGCGCUCUUUUGUGAGCCCACUCCAGAACACAUGCCUCCCCGGUUCCUUGUCUUCCCACGUCAAGAUGCACCGCGGUUAUGUGAGCCUUCCAUUGCUACCAUCGAGCAUGCUGCAGCGGCAAAAACCUUUUUCGAGUCUCACUUCAAUCAGCUCCUCGGAACCAAGGUCGCGCCACGAUCCAUGCGGCGCCGCCAAAUGGAGCGCAAGCUCUUCGCUAUGGCCAUACCCAACGAGCAGCAGACGAACCAUCUCCGCCAAACACGCGUCAUGAAGUCCAAUACACUAGUGCGUCGGGCAAUGAAGGGCGUACAUGUUUCCAACUAUGACAUCAUAAGAGUACUCGGAAAGGGUAGCUUUGGAGUCGUUCGCCUCGUUCGCGAGAAGAGCGACGAUUGCGGCACUCUAAGGGGGAGCAGCUGCAGUGUGGGAUAUCUUGAUGGCUCGUUGACACCAAGGAAUGAUAGGUCCUCCCCAACAACCCGCAGACAAAAGCAAGUCUUCGCCAUGAAGGUCAUCAGGAAGUCGGAUAUGCUUCGCAACAGUCAGGAGGGACACUUACGGGCAGAACGAGACUUCUUAGUCGCUUCUGAAAACUCAAGAUGGGUGGUACCUCUCAUCUCUGCAUUCCAGGAUAACAACAAUCUCUAUCUUGUCAUGGAGUAUAUGGUGGGUGGCGAUUUUCUGGGCCUACUUCUUCGUGAAGACAUCUUAGACGAGAAUGUUGCCAAGUGGUAUCUUGCGGAGAUGAUAUUGUGCAUUGAGGAAGCACACAAAAUGAAUUGGAUUCAUCGCGAUGUCAAGCCUGACAACUUCCUCAUCACAUCAUCUGGUCAUCUCAAAAUCUCCGACUUUGGCCUCGCUUUCGAUGGACACUGGGCUCAUAACCAGACGUACUAUAACGAACAACGGUACGGCCUACUCCGCGAUCUGGAUCUACAUAUUACAGGCGAUGUGCAAGAUGUUGAAGAAGAAAAGAGCCGACAAGAUGCUCGCAAAACCCUGGAACCUGUCAAGGGAGGUGCCGCAGCGCGCGGCCGUUACCAGACCAGACAAGACUCAGCGAAUGGACCUAUAAUCGACUGGUUGAACCGAGAGCAAAGGCGUGAAUUCGCGAAGAGCGUCGUCGGAACAAGUCAAUACAUGGCACCAGAGGUAAUACGAGGUGAAAGCUACGAUGGUCGUUGUGACUGGUGGAGCAUCGGUAUCAUACUAUACGAGUGUCUCUACGGGUGCACACCUUUCUUUUGCGACAAUCGCCAAGCCACGAAAGCGCGCAUACUCGACCACACGCGGUGGCUGCGCUUCCCAUCUGAGCAGCGAUAUGCUCGUCCCAAUAUCGACCGCGUACCGCUGAUGCCAGUGUCACGCAAUGCAAUCGAUCUAAUGAUGCGAUUGCUCGACGAGAGGCAAGAUCGACUCUCAGCCAAGCGAUACCGUGAGAAUGACUGGGUCCUCCGUGACAAAGCUGCUGGUGCGCGCCGCAACCGGAACAUCAACACCACUGGUCAUAUCGUUUACCCAAACGACGCCGAAGACAUCAAAUCGCAUCCGUUCUUUCGCAACAUCCAGUGGUCACAACUGCAUCAGACUCGUCCUCCGUUUGUACCUCGUGUUCAUGGCGGCCAGCCAAUUACUAAGUACUUCGAUGAUGAGGCUGAGAUCAUGAGUGCUUCUGAUCAUCUCGACUCUUCAAGCUACGAGGCUUUCGGAGAAGCGUUAGUUUCCAAUUUAGCAGAACAUGUUGGCGAGAACGAGACAACGCCUUUGGUCCAGUCGGCAGCCCAGCCGAACAGUAUCGCUAAGCCCGCCCAGGCUUUAUUUGCCAAACCAUUGCAGGAAAUGAAGAAGCGUAAGAGAGAGAAGAAGAGGCCUCGUGACAAACUUCUUCGAGAUCCAGAGGUUGGCCGUACCGUUUUGGAAAUCAGGAAAAAGGGUGCUUUUGUGGGCUACACAUACCGCAGGCCUAGAUUUUCGCUGCAAGACUUGGAGGACAAGAUUGCUAUUACGAGACCUCACAUCACCCGGCCUGGGGUGGUGGCUGCGAGUGCUUAG